AUGGAAGGGUUUACGAUUGAUGACAUAGUUGAUAGAGGAUCUUCCGAUGAUUAUGAUCUGGUAUUUGUUAUGAAAGAUUUCAUAUUUUUGUUUGGGCAGCGGAAAAAAUACCCGAACACAGAGACAGAAAGCGGCCCACCUUAUUUUGCCAAAGCGUAUUUGAGAUGGAAGAGUAUGACGCCAACUAUUAUAAGACUAGAGAGACUAUCUCAGUAUGAAAUUGAGAAGCACAGGCUCGGGAAUAUUAUUUGCAGAGCUGGAAAAGUGUUUAUUCGUUUACAACUCACCAAACCUAAUCAAAACUUCAUUGCGCAUUAUAUUUAUGGUAUUAUCGAUGAUCCACGUGGUCUUGUUCGUAAUGAGAACAAGCUUGAUGUAUGCAUAACAUUUCCUGUUGACCAAGACUUCGUAAUAUAUGAAAUCAUAGAGAAUCUUUCUAAGCCCAAAUCGAAGAUAUACGAGCCUGAAGCGGAACAUAUAAUCAAAGAGCUUUUCGAAGUAAAAAAAAUCGCGAAAACUGUGAUGAAUGAAAACGAGGACCUUGGAAGACGAAUCAUCGAGAAAAUCUUUGGAUGA